AUGACUGGCCCCCGCGUCACCGUCCGUGUCUCUCAGCUUGUGCGCUCCAUCAGCACUUCGCCGGCCACCGCCGUGCCAAAGACUGCCAACCAGGGCACCAUCAUCACUAGCUCAAAAGCAGCCGCCCCUCUUUCCCGCAAAUAUGCAGACCUUCUCCGCGAGAGGAACAUAGAAUGGGAUUCGGCCCAUCCCCGCUCCAUGACCACGCGGUCUUCCAACCGGCCACACCCUCCCCCACAGAAGCUGCGUCUCAUGCAGACUUUCUCCACAACAGGUCCUGUGGCUGCCACCGCCGUCGCUGGCCUUGACCAGGUCGUAUUGCCGGGGGCCGUGGCUUUUGACGCCGCCGGCACUCACGAUCCAUAUGCCAGCAUCCGCGUUCCGCUCCUCCCCGACAACCACUUCGGCUCUCAUGCUCCCGAGGUUGCGGACGGCCCGCUCCCCACGCCCGAGAUCAGCAUCGUUGCCGCGAACCCAGAGCUGGUGCAGGCCGCCGCUCUUACAGAGGUCGAGGGCAUGAACAUUGAUGGUGUCGAGCUCAAAUUUGUCCAUGACCCGGAACCCCGCUCUACCUCUGAUCAGUCUGGCGGUAGCAUGUUGCAGGACAUUUGGAAGGGCCUUGUCGACGACGUCUUUCCCGAAACCAGCAAGACCGCUGGCAAGGCCACCGCUUGA